UCUGUUUAGGGGUCAGUGCUCUAAAAUGAGUCUCUCUGGGGAGAGAGAGGAGGGGGGUCCUGCCUCUAAAAUGAGUCUCUCUGGGGAGAGAGAGGAGGGGGGCCCUGCCUCUAAAAUGAGUCUCUCUGGGGAGAGAGAGGAGGGGGGCCCUGCCUCUAAAAUGAGUCUCUCUGGGGAGAGAGAGGAGGGGGGUCCUGCCUCUAAAAUGAGUCUCUCUGGGGAGAGAGAGGAGGGGGGUCCUGCCUCUAAAAUGAGUCUCUCUGGGGAGAGAGAGGAGGGGGGUCCUGCCUCUAAAAUGAGUCUCUCUGGGGAACAUGACACCAAAGCUAAGAGCCCAAUCAAGCAGGAGAGACCAGCCUCCCCUGUACCCAGCUGUGUGUCCAUGAAGAGUGACAAGUCUAUGAUGCAACCUAUGAACUUUAGAGAGGGAGACUUUUCUACUGAACAAAGGUACAAGGACAAGGUAGCACAUCCGGUGAACAGGUCAGGGUUCCACAACCUCAGGAAGACCAGCGGAAACUGGAUCAGCAGCACUACAAGACCAAUCAAGCAGGAGAGACCAGCCUCCCCUGUACCCAGCUGUGUGUCCAUGAAGAGUGACUGGUCUAUGGGUCGUCCUAUACAGUUUAGAGAGGGAGACUUUUCUACUGAACAAAGAAACCAACAGGAGAGAUCAGAGUCAGAGAUUCUCAGUGGUCAGUCUUCCCAGAGUCAUCAAACAGACCUGGACUCCAUAUUCACUAUGCUUGAAGAGAAUAUUAUGACAUUUGUGAAGAACGAGCUGAAGAUGUUCAAGAGGAUUCUUAGUCCAGAACUCCCAGAAGGCUUUGAGAGUCAGAAGCAGGAAGUGGUGGAUGCUGAAGAUGAGAAGCAGGAGAGCAGUGCCAGAGAGGGGGCUCUGAAGAUCACACUGCACGUCCUGAGGAAAAUGAACCAGAAGGAGCUUGCUGACACACUGGAGAAAUAUGAGCUUGCUGUGAUUUACCAACGUGAACUCAAAUCUAAUCUAAAGAAGAAGUUUCAAUGUGUAUUUGAGGGGAUCGCUAAACAAGGAAACCCAACACUUCUCAAUAAGAUCUACACAGAGCUCUACAUCACAGAGGGUGGAACAGGAGAGGUCAAUAAUGAACAUGAGCUGAGACAGAUUGAGACAACAACCAGGAAACAAGCAAGACCAGAGACUGCAGUCAAAUGUAACGACAUCUUCAAACCCUUAACUGGACAAGACAAACCUAUCAGAACUGUGCUGACAAAGGGAGUCGCUGGCAUUGGAAAAACAGUCUCUGUGCAGAAGUUCAUUCUGGACUGGUCUGAAGGAAAAGCAAAUCAGGAUGUCCAAUUUGUAUUUUCAUUCCCUUUUCGGGAGCUGAAUUUGAUGAAAGAGGAAAAUCUCACAUUCAUUGAACUUCUCAAUCACUUCUUAUUGGAAACCAAAGAAUCAAGAAUCUCCAUCUCCAACAAGUACAAAGUUCUGUUCAUCUUUGAUGGUCUGGAUGAGUGCCGACUGCCCCUAGACUUCCAGAAGAACAAGAUCUGUUGUGACGUCACAGAGUCAACCUCAGUGGAUGUUCUGCUGACAAAUCUCAUCAAGGGAAAUCUGCUUCCCUCUGCUCUCCUCUGGAUAACUACCCGACCUGCAGCAGCCAAUAAGAUCCCUUCAUGGUGUGUUGACCAGGUGACAGAGGUACGAGGUUUCAAUGACCCACAGAAGGAGGAGUACUUCAGGAAGAGAUUCAGUGAUGAGGACCUGGCCAGCAGAAUCAUAUCACACAUAAAGACAUCAAGGAGCCUCUACAUCAUGUGCCACAUUCCAGUCUUCUGUUGGAUUUCUGCAAUAGUCCUUGAACACAUGCUGGAACAUAAGAGAGAAGAGAUGCCCAAGACUCUGACUGAGAUGUACACACACCUUGUGGUGUUUCAUACCAAACAGAAUAAUGAAAAGUAUCUUGGGAAAGAAGAGACAGGUCCACACUGGAAUAAAGAGAGCAUUCUGUCACUGGGAAAACUGGCUUUUCAACAGCUUGUGAAGGGCAAUCUGAUUUUCUAUGAAGAAGACCUGAAAGAGGCUGGCAUUGAUGUCAAUGAAGCCUCAGUGUACUCAGGAUUGUGCACACAGCUCUUUAAAGAGGAAUGUGGUCUGUACCAGGACAAGGUGUACUGCUUUGUUCAUCUGAGCAUUCAGGAGUUUCUGGCUGCUGUAUAUGUGUUCCUCUCAUUCAUCAACAACAAUGAGAAUCUAAUGGAUGAUCCUCAAUCAAUGUUCAGCCACUUUACUGCGCUGUUCAGAGACAAGCCUAAAGUUACUGUCUACAAGAGUGCUGUGGAUAAAGCCUUACAAAGUGAGACGGGAAACCUGGACCUUUUCCUCCGCUUCCUUCUGGGCCUCUCACUGGAGACCAAUCAGAAGCACUUACGAGGUCUACUGACAAAGACAAGAAGCAGCUCAAAGACCCAUGAAGAAACAGUCAAGUACAUCAAGGAGAAGAUCAGGGAGAAUCCCUCUCCAGAGAGGAGCAUCAAUCUGUUCCACUGUCUGAAUGAACUGAAUGACCAUUCUCUAGUGAAGGAGAUCCAAAGAUACCUGAGAUCAGGAAGUCUCUCAGAACCCUACCUGUCACCUGCACAGUGGUCAGCUCUGGUCUUUGUGUUGCUGACUUCAGAAAAGGAGCUGGAUGUGUUUGACCUGAAGAAAUACUCCAGAUCAGAGGAAGGUCUUCUGAGGCUGCUGCCAGUGGUCAAAGCCUCCAGAGCUGUUCUGCUGUCAGGCUGUGGAGUCACAGAGGAAGGCUGUGCUUCUCUGGUCUCAGCUCUGAGGUCAAACCCCUCACACCUGAGAGAGCUGGAUCUGAGAAACAAUGACCUGAAGGACUCAGGAGUGAAGCUGCUCUCUGCUGUACUGGGGAAUCCCCACUGUAAACUGGAGACUCUGAGGCUGUCAGGCUGUCUAGUCACAGAGGAAGGCUGUGCUUCUCUGGUCUCAGCUCUAAGGUCAAACCCCUCACACCUGAGAGAGCUGGACCUGAGCUACAAUCACCCAGGAGACUCAGGAGUCAGACUGCUCUCUGCUGGACUGGAGGAUCCACACUGCAGACUGGAGAAACUCAAUGUGGAACAUGGUGGAGAGAACAGAAUGAAACCUGGGAUUAGAAAAUAUGUCUGUGAUCUCACACUGGACCUAAACACAGUAGACAGACUGCUCUCUCUGUCUGAGGAGAACAGAAAGGUGACACGUAGGAGAGAGGAGCAGCCGUAUCCUGAUCACCCAGAGAGAUUUGAGGACUGUGGACAGGUGCUGUGUAGAGAGGGUCUGACUGGGUGCUGUUACUGGGAGGCAGAGUGGAGUGGGAGGAGGGCUGUUAUAGGAGUGACAUAUAAAGGAAUCAGCAGGAGAGGAAGGGGUAAGGACUGUUGUCUUGGAUACAAUGACAAGUCCUGGAGUCUGUUCUGCACUGACAACAGUUACAGAGCCUAUCACAAUAAUAAUCUCACUACCAUAGACGUCCCCCCCUCCAGCUCCCACAGAGUAGGAGUGUAUCUGGACUGGCCAGCCGGCACUCUGUCCUUCUAUAGAGCCUCCUCUGACACACUGACCCAUCUGAACACAUUCACCUCCACAUUCACUGAGCUCCUCUAUCCAGGGAUUUGGGUUGAUUACAACUCCUCGGUGUCCCUGAAAUAAUAACCUGACAUCAGUGAUACACACACACACACACACUGGACACACACACACACACACACACACACUGGACACACACACACACACUGGACACACACACACAGACUGGACACACACACAGACUGGACACACACACACACACACACACACACAGUGGACACACAGGACACACACACACACAUGCGUGUCUUCCUAUAAUUGUGACAAUAACACUGUUAAAAUACCAAUGUGAUCAUUUGUUGUCUUUAUGUUGAAUAACAAAUUGUAUAAUUAUAUAUGGACAUACGCUCCAUAGUUGUACAAGUAUACAAGGAUAUAUUGUACUUUUCAUAAUAAAACAUAGUUGAAACAAGAAAAGCA